AUGGCCAAGCCGACGAAGCCAAAGUUGCCCGCGAAGCAACUGGCCAUUCUGGCCGUUGCGCGGUUCGCCGAGCCCCUCGCUCUAACCUCCGUCUUCCCUUACCUGCCAGAAAUGGUUCGCAGUUUCGGAGUCGAACAAAACGAUAUCGCAAAAUGGGCCGGCAUCACAUCUGCUGUUUUCUCGCUAUCUCAGAGCUGUACCGCCGUUCCAUGGGGCAGAGCUUCAGAUCGAUUUGGAAGGAAACCAACUAUUAUAACUGGCUUGAUUUCGACCAUGAUAUUCUUCGUUAUAUGGGGUAUGUCCACGAGUCUUCCCAUGGCGAUUACCGUACGUGCCAUUUUGGGAAGUGGUAAUGGAAAUGUUGGUAUUAUCCGUACCAUGGUCGCAGAAAUGGUCCCCGAAAAGGAGCUACAACCUCGAGCAUUCUCAAUUAUGCCCCUCGUCUGGUCCGUCGGCUCCAUCUUCGGCCCCGCCUUCGGUGGUUUCUUCGCCAAUCCCGCCGAGCGUUUCCCUUCAAUAUUCGGCAACAGCUGGUUCUUCAACGCUUAUCCCUUUGCCCUGCCGAACCUUCUAGCCGCUGUUUUCUUCCUGAUCUCAGUGACAACCGCCACACUGUUCCUGAAGGAGACGCUUGAGAGCAAGCGUCACCAACCGGACUGGGGCCUACUCAUGGGCGAGCGUAUUACCCGACCGUUCCGCCGCUCUCACGCCCACCGCCACCACCACGCCCAUGCCCGUCGCACAUCUUUCGUUGAUGGCGAAGCUACGGCCCCUUUGGUUCCGACAAAGGCAAACCGCUCAGGCCAACCGCUCGAGGACAACAAGCAGCCUGCCGAGACUCCAAGCAUGAGAGAGGUGUUUACCACUCAAACAAGCAUAAACCUGCUGUGCUACACCUUUCUUGCCCUUCACUCCGUAGCCUACGAUCAAGUCCUCCCCGUCUUCCUCAACUACCCCAAGCAAAAGCACACACCGGAGAACACCCACCUGCCUUUCCAGUUCUCCGGCGGCUUCGGCCUCGGCUCCGGUCAGAUCGGCACCAUCUUCACCAUCUAUGGCAUCACCUGCGGUGUCAUCCAGUUCUUCCUCUUCCCUCCCCUGUGCAACUAUUUUGGCGUGUUACGCUGUUUCCGCGCAUGUGCCAUUACGUUCCCCGUCGUCUAUAUCCUUACCCCCUACACUAUCCUUUUCCAGACUGACACAGGCCGCUACGCCGCUCUCAUGGUCGUAAUGUUCGUCAAGGCCUUCGCCGUCAUCAUCGGUUUCCCCUGUAUGACCAUCCUUCUCACGAACUCGGCUUCUUCGCUCCGUAUUCUCGGCACCCUCAAUGGUUUCGCCACCAUGUUCAGCGGCUUCGGCCGUGCCUUUGGGCCCGCUGCCGCCGGUGCUGCCUUUAGCUGGGGCGUUUCGGAGGGCUACGUUAUCACCGCCUGGUGGUUCCUCGCUGCUACUGCCGUAAUCGGCGCGAUUCCUGUUUACAUGCUCGUCGACAGCGACGCCUUGACGCAGACACCCGAUACUAGCGACGAUGAGGAAAGCACCGAUGACGAUUCGACCAGCGAUGACAGCGGCGCCACGUCCAGAAGCAACCACAACGAGACUGCGCCAUUGUUGGCGAGGAACGGUUCAGCGGGCUACGACACCGUUACCUCAACCCGAUCUUAG